CCUCCAACUAAUAUAAAUUGACGUAUGGCACCACGACUAAUUCAUCAAUAACCCACAAAACUAAUCGUAGAAAAAAAAAAUAGGACUAGGAAGACAGAGAAAUAGUUAUAUCCACAGACAUGGAGAAGACAACAGCCAAGUUUGCUUUCCUUGUUCUUCUCUUGGUUUUUGCAGUUGGUGGGGAGAAGAACAGAGUGGAAGGCGCAAAUGAGGAUACUUUGCCGUGCAAGAGCUUCUGCGUACCACCAAAUUGCCAUUGUUCUGAGGGAUCUUGCUUCUGCAACGGAGUACAGCACUCGUUGGUGGCUGGCCACUUGAUCCCAACUCCUCUGGAGAAUGAAAAAAGAAAUUAGAUACGCCGUGGUGUGAUCCUACUCCUACAUGUGUAACCUACGUAAUUCGUUGUUUUCACCUUGGAGAAGAAAGAGUUAUUAAUAAAAAGUCGACUAUUCAUAGAUAAUAUUAUUGAACGAAGGAAUAAUUAUUUAGCUGUUUCGACCAUCAUUUUUCCAAUCACGUACGCAUAUCAUCAUUCACAUUUCAAAUUUUUUUGUUAUUGUUUAUGGUGAAUGUCAAGAAAACAUAUUGCAUGCGAAAUAACCUAGGAAUAACAACAUAGGUCAUACUAGUAGCACUUCUAUUAUACUAUAAAGCAUUGGUGCUUUAAUGUACAACUUGAAGUUAUACCAUAAAGUUAAAGGUAAAUG